CUACUAUAGGAUAAAGAAAGAUGAGAUAUUUGUGGGUAGGGAAGAGAACAAAAGAAAAGACAGAAAUUGCACGUCAGACUUAGCAGUAGCUCGCUGGAGUGGUCUAAUUCCAUCUUGUGGAGAGAGAGAGAGAGAGAGAGGAUUAUAGAGUUGAUAUCCUCUUCUCAUCCACACCUCUCUCUCUUAAAUCUUUUCUCCUUUUCUUGUUUUCAUUCAUAUGGUUCUUUUUUAGUUUUAUGCAAAAAAGCCUUUGCUUCUUUAGCUAGCUAACUAGAUGAUGAAUAUUCAACAAAAGCAACAAAAUUUUCAUGUGGAGGAAAAUAUGUCCAAUUUAACUUCUGCAUCUGGUGAAGCAAGUUUAUCUUCUUCCAACAACAUGAAUGAUACUACUACUGGAGGCAUUUUCAUUCCUCAGAAUCAAAAUCCACCACAACAACAAAUCAAGAAAAAGAGAAACCAAGCAGGCAAUCCAGAUCCUGAAGCAGAAGUGAUAGCUUUGUCACCAAAGACACUACUGGCAACCAAUAGAUUCUUUUGUGAAAUCUGCAACAAAGGGUUUAAAAGAGAUCAGAAUCUGCAACUCCAUAGAAGAGGACACAAUUUGCCAUGGAAACUAAAGCAGAGAACAAAUAAAGAAGUAAUAAAAAAGGUUUAUGUUUGUCCAGAGCCCAGUUGUGUGCACCAUGAUUCCUCCAGGGCAUUAGGUGACUUAACUGGAAUCAAGAAACACUUUAGCAGAAAGCAUGGUGAGAAAAAAUGGAAAUGUGAGAAAUGUUCAAAGCGUUAUGCUGUUCAAUCUGAUUGCAAAGCUCACUCCAAAACCUGUGGCACUAGAGAAUACAGAUGUGAAUGUGGUACCCUUUUUUCAAGACGGGAUAGUUUCAUCACACACAGAGCUUUUUGCGAUACUUUAGCUGCUGAGAGUGCAAGAUCAGCAAUAACUGGAGUAAAUCCAAUAAUUAGUUUCUCAUCCCAAGCAGCUGGUAGUACUUCAACAUCUCAUAUGAAUCAGCUCCAGUUUCAAACGCCCCAGUAUUUUAAUAACAGCCAUGAAUUCCCAGCUGCUGCGGCAUUUUCUAUGAAGAAGGAGCAGUCAAAUUAUGAUUUCAAUCAUCUAAGACAUAAUACUGAAAUUCCUCAAUGGCUAGUGUCUUGCCAACCAUUUGUUGGAGCUGGUCCUGGCCCGCCCUCAUCAGUACCUGCUGACUUUAGCUCAUCAGUAUUUCAAGCCACUAGGUUUGAUCACGAAUACACGCAGAGCCACCAAGAUUUGACGUCAACUGAUUUCCAUGAGAACCCAAACCCUAAUUUUGGAGGGCGAGUUACGUCACUAGCACCACCUUACCAUUCAACAGGAGAAGCAGCGGUCUCUCCACACAUUUCUGCGACUGCAUUGCUGCAGAAAGCAGCUGAAUUGGGUGCUACAAUGAGUAACAAAGCAAAUGCUGUCUCUGCAUCAUCUCCUGCACACAGUACAGGCCCAGCUGCCAUUCUGAUGAGACAAUUACCCCACCAAACUCACGUGUCUGUUACUACUGAUUCUGCAGCAGCUGCAGGUAGCAAACAAACUGAUCAGUUUGAACUCAAUUUGUCCUCACGUGAAUUUGAGCUGACAAAUAGUACUGGCCUUAUUAAUACCUUAGGCAAUUCAUACGGGAAUAAAGUUGCUGCAGCUACAGUACCAUCUUUUUCUUUUACUAAUGCUACUGGGUUUGAAGGGUCAACGUUUGAAGAUGCAUUUGGUGGGUUUGGUAGUUUGAAUUCAAAGAAAGAUAAUGACUUCAACGGAGCUACAUUCUCAGAAACAACCAGUGGCAUUAAUGAGGAUAUUAUGACCAAGGAUUUCUUGGGUCUAAGACCUCUCUCUCAUAGCGACAUUUUCAAUAUAGCUGGUCUAGUUAAUACUACUUCUAGUGAAAAUGAAGAUCAGUUUCAAAAUCAUAAUAAAACAUGGCAAAGUUAGCUUAGAAUAUUGUUAUUUAGUUUGCACUAGAUUGACUUCAAUUUAUUGCUUAUGGAUUACCAUAUAAUGCAAGUGAUAUUUCACCCUUUCUCUUUACGAAAGUGAUGUGUUUCUAA